GAGAGAAUAUCGGCAAGGAGCUAAAGAUAACAAUAAAGAAGAAGCUGAAGCUGAAGCCAAAGUGGAAGUCGAAGUUGGCGAACAAGAAGAACCCACUAAAGCUUCACGAAAACUCUAUAUGAGAGAAUAUCGACGCAAACGUCGACAGGCGGCACUAUUAAAAGCAAGAGAGGAGGAAGCGAGGCAACGUAUUGAGACCACAAAAACGUCACGAAAGUUCUACAUGAGAGAAUAUCGACGCAAACGUCAACAGAUGGCAUUAGUAGAAGUAGAAGAUACUAAGGCUAGGCAAUGCGAAGAGAUCUACGAAAAUGUACGAAAAGAGUGUACAAAAAAUGAACCGCGUAAUGGGCAACAGGCUACACAAGCAGAAAUGAAAAAGAUAGAAGAAGAGGGUGAAAACUCUCGAACACAAUAUAUGCAAGAAAACCGACGGAAUCCCCGGCGAAGAAGAAUAACUGGCAUUAAAGGACAAUGGUCACUCAAUAAUUUGAAGGCCAAUGUGGAGACUAAGAGCAUCCACAGCGGUAUAUGUAAGAGUGACACGGUUGUGGUGCAAUUACCGACUGAGCCAAGGAACAAGGGAAACGGCGUGUCCGUAAGAAAAUGCCCAAUUCGUCUCUUGUACCUGUGUACCAAAGACCGUUUUCAAUUUUUUACCUCGUUCUAUCAUUUCUUGUACUCUUCUCCAAAUUACCCUACUUUACUAUUAUCACCUUUACUGCUCUCACCUCUUUCCUAUGCUGAUUUCAAAUAUGACAGCAUCUUCUUUACAUUUCCUCUUUUAUCAUUCGCUGGAUAA